CUGACGGGGUAUCCUCUCCCGCAGACCUGCGGUGGGUGACGGCUGAACCGCCUCAGGGAGGUGAAGGCGUUCGUCACCCAGGACAUCCCGCUCUACCAUAACCUGGAGAUGAAACACCUGCCUGGCGCUGACCCUGAGCUUGUGCUCCUCAGCCUCCAGUAUGAGGAGCUAGAGAGAAUUCCCCUGAGCGACAUGACCCGGGAAGAGAUCAACCAGCUGAUUCAGGAUUUGGGCUUCUACCGCAAGGAGACACCUGAUGCCCCUGUGCCAGAGGAGUUCCAGUUUGCCCCUGCCAAGCCUCUGCGAAUACUGCUGCCCCCCCAAACACCCACCACUGAUGGCAAGACCCCAUCCAAACAUGACAAGGAAGAACAUCCAGACCUCUAGCAAGGAGUGCCACACUUGGGGCAGGGUCUUGCAGCCAGUCCCCAGUCUAGGGAAUGAGGGUGCUAUGGCAGUUCAGGAUGGUGUCAAAAGGUGGUGAAGACUUUUUCCCCCCACCCUUCUUGGUGCUGUGUAGCCUCUGCCCCAAGGAUGCCCCAGGCAGAUCCAGCCUCAAGCAAGGGCUUCCUGGACACUUGAGGGCAUUCUGACGGUCCUGUGUGCUGGUUGAUGCCCUCCCAUCCUUGGAGCCCAUUAUCCCUGGCCAGUUGGGAGGAGCAGCAUUCCUUGCAGUCCCUUGUUAUGCCCAGAGGUUUAGCUGCUCUCAGCACUGGGCAGCAGUAUCCUGCCUGUAUGGGACAGGAUGAAACCCUCAGCAGAAAGCACUAGGUGCUAAGGGUAGAUGUGCUGAGUCCCAAAGGUGGGAGAGCUGCCCCAAGAAGAGCACAGCACAACCCACAGCAGGGUUAUCAUAUCCAGCUCCUAGUAAAGCUUUUAUUUGCAGUCA